GCGUGAGCGUGCUGCGCGCGGCCGUGCUGCGCGGGGCCGCCGCGAGAUAUGGCUGCGAAUCGCAAGCUGCAGGGUGAGAUCGACAGGACGCUCAAGAAGGUGCAGGAGGGCGUCGAGAUCUUUGACGAGAUUUGGGAGAAGGUGUACAAUGCGCAGAACCAGAACCAAAAGGAGAAGUUCGAGUCGGAGCUCAAGUCUCAAAUCAAAAAGCUGCAGCGCUACCGCGACGACAUCAAGACGUGGAUCACAAACUCGGACAUCAAGGACAAGCGGCCGCUGACGGACGCGCGCAAGCUGAUCGAGACCGAGAUGGAGCGCUUCAAGGUGUGCGAGAAGGAGUUCAAGACGAAGGCCUUCUCCAAGGAGGGCCUCUCGCAGCAGCCGAAGGAGGACCCGAAGGAGAAGGAGAAGAACAAGGUCCGAAAGUGGAUCGCAGAGAAGCUCGAGACGCUCGCGUCCCAGACGGAUGCGUACGAGGUGGAGAUCGAAAACUCGACGUCGUCAAAGGGCAAGAAGAACAAGAAGAACGACUCCGUGCUCAAGUACGAGACGCUGAUCGAGCGGGUGCACUACCACGAGGAGAAGCUGGAGGUGGUGCUGCGGCUGCUGGAGAACGAGACGCUCUCGGCGGAGGACAUCGAGCCGAUCCAGGAGCAGCUCGACUACUUGCUCGAGCAGAUGGUGGACGGGAACACGGACGAGGUUGAGAUGAUCGACGACGAGACCAUCUACGAGGACCUCGGGCUCGAGGACCAGGCGGGGGACGAGCAGCCGCAGGAGGAGGCAAAGGAGGAGAAGAAGCCGAGCAAGGAGGAGAAGAAGGGGCGCAAGGGCGGCGGCGACGACGACGACAAGAAGGAGAAGAAGAAGGAGAAGCCCGCGCCCGCGCAGGAGAUUGCCCUCCCGACGCUCAACGCGGCGGCAAAGGCGACGCCGCUGCCCAAGCCCGGCAAGGAGCCUGCCAAGCCGGCGGCGAAGCAGCCCGCGACCGCCUCGCCGCUGCCGACGGUGAGCGGGCGAGGCGGCAAGGCGGCCGCAUCCGUCACGCUCGCCGCCCCGCAGGCCGCGCGCUCGGGCCGCGCCGCGGCCGCGCCGCCGGCGGCGGCGCCAGCAGAGCCGGCGGCGCAGCUGUUUGCGCGUGUGGCGCAGCGGCCUAGCAAAGAGGAGCCCCCCGCCGUGUCGAGCGGCAAGGGGUGCGGCGGGUUGCCCGCCGCGUCGGCGCAGCCGCCGCAGCCGCAGCCCGCGCAGCCGCCCGCCGGCUUGCCAACCACCACCGCGGCGGCGCGGCUCGGCGACAGCCUAGGGGAGGGGAGCGGGAGGGACUCGGGCGAGUCCAUCUUCUCGGCGGGGGGAGGGGCGGCCGGCCCCGACGGGGGGGCGAUCGCGGCGUCGCGGGGCUCGGGCAGUGCGCCCGGCUCGGGCAGCACCGCCGCCGCCGCCGCGACGCGCGGCCCGCCCGCCGACAUGUCUCUGACGGCCGAGGAGGCGGCGCCGCUCGAGGCGCUGGGCAGCGCGGGCGCGACCUUCUUGGACGAGGCGCUCGACGAGGCGCAGCAGCUUCAGAUGCUGCACCUCUCGCUGCAGAACCUGCCCGAGGCGGGAGACUCGGAGCGGCCGAAGACGUACGUGCCGCGCAACCCGUACCCGACGCCGAGCUCCUUCCCGCAAGCGCCCGCCGCCGUGUUCGACUCACCGUCGGCCUUCGACAAGUUCGACACCGACACGCUCUUCUUCAUCUUUUACUACCAGCAGGGCACGUACCAGCAGUACCUCGCCGCGCGCGAGCUCAAGAAGCAGUCGUGGCGGUACCACAAGAAGUACCUCACCUGGUUCCAGCGGCACGAAGAGCCAAAGCUCACCGCGGACGACUACGAGCAGGGCACGUACGUCUACUUUGACUACGAGACGGGCUGGUGCCAGCGCAUCAAGUCCGAGUUCACGUUCGAGUACGGCUACUUGGAGGACGAGCUCCCCUCCUGA